GGGUUAGAUUCGGGACCCGACUUUACCUUCUCCGUAUACAAAUGGAAAACGCAACCUAGGGAUUCCAUUCGUGCGUUCUUGCCUCCACUUCCACCGGCUUCUUCUUUGCCUUCUCUUCUUUGGUAAGGUAGCUGGUCGCUGCGAUCCCUCUUUGUGCUCUUCCAACCGGGCCAAACCCCUGCGCUAUCUCAGCCAUGUCGUCCAAGCAAGGAGGGAAAGCAAAGCCUCUGAAGCAACCCAAGGCUGAUAAGAAAGAAUACGACGAGGUUGAUAUGGCCAAUUUGCAAAAGAAGAAGGAUGAGGAAAAGGCGCUGAGGGAGCUUAGAGCAAAGGCCCAACAGAAGGGGACAUUUGGAGGUGCUGGACUCAAGAAGAGUGGGAAGAAAUGAGUCCUCCUACGCAACAUAUGUUAGAUUACUUGAUCUUAAAUUGCAGAUAUCUGAUGUCUUUCUAAGCAAUUGAUUGUGUGACAUGUUAUCCUCUGCAUGAAACCGAAUAACAUGAAGUUUUCAAACGCUUUACUAUUUUCUUGUUGUGUGUAAAACCUGGAAGAAGAUAAUAUUGCUAUGGUCCUUGUUUCUGGAGUGGAAUGAUUAAUAGAAGUCGAACCCUUUGCAAUAUUCUAAACUA